GAAAAGAGGAGCCCGCCAGACGAGGCGAGAGUGAGAAAGUUUCUUUAGUUGCCCAGCAGUGGCAUUUUUUUCCUCUGGGCAUUUAGGAGAGCCCCGUCCACAGUGUCCUGGAAAAAGCCUGCGAGCGAGCCAGCGAAUGCGUGUGUCUGCCACAUACACACACGGACACACACACACAUAACGGGGAAGAGAAGAGAAGCCAGCCACAGUUAUGAGCGAAGAAGCAACGUGAACUUUGAGAUGGAGUGACUGAGGUCGGACCAUCCUCCACACAUGCAACACAAGUCAUGAGUCGGUCUUCCACCUCCUCCUCCUCCUCCUCCUCCUCUUCUCCCCCGGUGGUCAGUGCCAAUGUGUCUGCUCCCGGUGCCAACGGUGCCAAUGGGGCCAAUGCAGCCUCCUCUUCCUCCUCUUCAUCUCCGCCGGUGGCCAACGCGGGGUCGCAGUACGCCCUGUGUGCACUGGGGGUGGGGCUGGUGGCGCUGGGCAUCGUGAUGAUCGUCUGGUCCGUGGUGCCCGUAGACGGGGAGAGCGGGCGACCCACGGUGGGCGACGCGGGCAAGACCUCGUCAGUAGCAUUUAUAUUGGUGGGAGCAGGUGUGACCAUGCUAUUGCUCUCCCUGUGUCUGGGCAUCCGCAACAAGUCGCGGCGGGCACAGCACGCACAGCAGGGGGGCCCCGGCCCUUACACCACACAGCUGUCUAUGGACGACUCAAUAGACGUACACCAGGGGGGCACCGGCCCUUACACCACACAGCUGUCUAUGGACGACUCAAUAGACGUGGUAGAGAAUCGUUUCACGGUGCCCAGCUAUGACGAGGUGGUGGGCAGCAGUGGUGCUACGGUGCCCCCAGUGGCCGGUCGCGGCGUUCGCAUGAACUCCACCUCUCAGCUGCCUUCAUAUGACGACGUGUUCGACGGAGACGUACCCCCCGUCACACCCACCGAACCAGGAGUUGCAGUUCCAGCCGGCUCCACUGGGGGGCGAUGGAAGAGUGGCGCUGCUCGUAAGCUCCUCCCCUUAAAGCUCCGGCGAAUCAAAUCAGAGAAGCUGGGUGUGAAAAGCGCGCCCAGUUCACCCCAACCUGUCGUGCUAAGCAUCGAACCCCUAACACCGCCACCACAAUACGACGACAAGCCACCACAACUAUGACACACACACACACACACACACACACACACACACACACACACACAACCACUCGCGCGCACACACACACGCGCACACACACACACACCCCUAACACUCCCACACCCCUAACACUCCCACCACAAUACGAUGACAAGCCACCACAACUAUGACACACACACACACACACACACACACACACACACACACACACACACACACAUACCCCUAACACUCCCACCACAAUACGACGACAAGCCACCACAACUCUGACACACACACACACACACACACACACACACACACACACACACACACACACACACUCACAUAUACACUGCCAUUCCAGGGAACAUUUCCAACUGGACUUCUAUUCUAAACACACACACACGCCUAAAACUUUUUCAUACACACAAUGAGCUGCCACUCAUCUCAUUGCAGCAGUUCUCUCUCCUACUAUUGGCUGAGAGGGCUGAGGGGGGCGUGGCCAAUUGAAGAAGAGGAAAUAGAGAUGUGCCUUAUGGACCAAGAGACUUCAACACACACACACACACACACACACACACACACACACACACACACACACACACACACACACACACACACACACACACACACACACACACACACACACACACAAGUAGCCAUGACCCGCCUACUCUAUAUGUACUGCAUUCCUCAGCAGUGGAGUGUGUGAGCUUCAGACUGGAGAUUCUGGAGUUAAAGACGGCUGGUUUGGUUGUCGUGGUGAUGAGUUGGUGUCUGGAGAGUUUUCAUUGGUUGAGAGGACAGUGGGGGUCUUUCUUAUUGGUUGAGAAGACAGUGGGGGUCUUUCUUAUUGGUUGAGAAGACAGUGGGGGUCUUUCUUAUUGGUUGAGAAGACAGUGGGGGUCUUUCUUAUUGGUUGAGAAGACAGUGGGGGUCUUUCAUUAAACAGCUGCAGCUGAACCUUAAACACAGGACCACCCAUCCCAUCCCAUCUCUCUCCCUCUGUCUCGCUCUCGCUCGCUCUUUCUCUCUC